AAGUGCUAACUUGAUGGUGGAUCAGAGGAAUCCUUAUUUGUGAAUUCCUCAAGUAGUAGAUUAGAUAAAUUUUUCGUUUCACAUUAUCCGUGAGCGCAUCAUGGCGGUACAUCCGGCGCGCUCGGCGUUGUUUGUAAUCUCAUCGAUCUCUGCCCGAAAGGUAAUCGUGAAUCCGUGCUCCAGAAUGCUUCGUCUGUCGUAACUUGCCGUUUGAAAAUUAGGUGUUGCACGUGAAGCAAGGCAGCGUGUACUUGUAUGCGACAUUCACGUGCCGACGAGACGCGUAGCGUACGGGUUCUUUGUCACGUAUUGUCGAGCUGUCGUUGUUACCAACCGCCAUCGUCCUGUCAAUCGCGUCUAUCUAUGAUCGAUCGCAUUUUAUCGUGAUUUACCAUGCACAAAGUGACCCGCGCAUCGUAUCGUCGUGUGGGGAACCACAACGACAACAUGGUUAAAGGAAGAGGAAAACGUAAAACGGAAGAAAAUAAAACGAAAACUGGAGCUUUGCUUGUGCAAACUGGUGAUAGAAAUUCACCGGUUAGAAAAGAGAAUAAAUUAGAUCCCAUCAAGAAAGUAACAAAUAACUUUAGUGCGGUUAAACCACAAUCGGAACCAUGCGAAUCUCCCAUACGUAUAACUUAUGCUCAUGAUCAGAAUUCGAAUGCACAAGUUACAAAAGAAAAAGGUGCAGUGACAAUUGUCCGUUAUUUUUUUGGAAAUGCACAGACUGCCCUUUCACCCUGCAUUCCAGCGAAAAAUGAGAUUAUCUCCGACGUAGAACAAUUUAAGACCGAUGAAACGCCGGUGGCCGUUCCGAUUCAUGGACCACCCACGCCGCAUAGAAUAAAUAUGCCAUCGGAAGAUUACGAAGAAGGGGCUAUGCUUACUACCAAGGAAAAGCCUUCUAUGAUCACGCUACUUAGUCCGCUGCAAGUUAUAAAAAAGCCUGCGCCACGCGGGCGCAAAAAAGCAGUCUCCAAUCCAAGUGGCAACCAUCGUUUGACGAAAGCAUCCGUUGCUAAAACGAAUCAUUCGAUCACCGAUUACUUUCCGGUGCGUCGGAGCAUCAGAAAGUGCAAGAAGGCUGUAUUGGAGGAGAAGCAACGUGACUUGGAGAAUAAAGUGCUCUGCCAGAUCGAGGAAGGCUUGGAGGUCAGAUAUUUUGCGGGUAAAGGCCGUGGCGUGAUAACGACGCGAGAAUUUGCUAAGGGCGAGUUCGUGGUGGAGUAUAUCGGUGAGCUGAUCAAUCAGGGAGAAGCGAAGGAGCGCGAGACGGUGUACGCGCAAGAUCAAAAUACCGGAUGCUACAUGUAUUAUUUUCAACAUCGUAAUCAGCAGUAUUGCGUUGAUGCCACGGCAGAGAGUGACAAAUUGGGCCGCCUGGUCAAUCACUCGAGGAACGGCAACUUAGUCGCGCGGGUCGUCGAAGUGAGCUCGACACCGCACCUGGUACUUACAGCGAAAGAAGACAUACCGAUCGGCGUGGAGGUCUCAUACGAUUACGGAGAUCGGAGCCGCGAGUCCAUCCGUCAUCAUCCAUGGUUGGCGUUAUAGCACUUUCAAUUCAUUACAUACAUAUAACGUAGCACUGCAUUGCAUUGUACAAAGGAUAUCCAUUUUCGUUCCUUCUAUUGAGGAGCAUAGCGCUUACAUUGAAUUAUGUGUAAAUUGAAGAGAGAUAGCAAUAUAUUUACGAACUGGACACGCAAUCUUGCAAGGUUUUUCACGUCGGUGAAUUUUCACAGAUCUUUUUGCAUCUUAUAAAAUUUACUUGUGAAUAGUUCUUAAAAAAGGAUAUAUCGAAUUGUUAUUAAUUAUUUAUUCUCUUGUAUCGGGAGUAAAGAAUAAUUUGUCGGCUGGGCUUUUCAACGUGGCACCUUAUCGUCAAAAUUUCGUAUUAUCGAUUAUGGAUUCGACGUAACUUAUUUUUGGCAAUGAACAUCUGAAAGAAUGUCCGUAUUUCAUUGCCACGUGUUCAACGUAAUGUAGUAUUAUUAACCGAUUUCAAACUCGUAUUUCGACAAUUGGACUGCAUGACUGACGAAUCGUAGCACAAAGUGCUUCAUCUACUCCCAGCUUUGGUCUAGUACUAAUUGGCAGUAAUCGAGCCUCAAGUUCGACGUGCUAGAUCGAAAGUUCCUAGUUGAAACCUUUACGACGUGUGUGGACGUAACGCUGCAGAGAGAACACGUUUCUAAAACGAGUAUACACAUGUAAUGAGUUUGACUUUUGAUGGAGAAAACGAUUUGUUGUUUAAGUAUUUAACGUGCAACGUACGUUAGCUUUGAAUCAUUGUGAGUCUUUCACUGCCAAAUAAUUGGAUACGAAAGUGUCUGCCAAAAGACAAUUAAUUAUACAGCGUAUACAAACGACGUGCAAACGGUAAUCCUCGAUUGUUUGUAUCUUCCUUGCUUCAUGCGUAUUACUUCGUCUCCCUUGAAGAGAUUCUACUAAACAAGGAUACGAUCGCAUUUUGUUCCCAUGCUCAUAUUAUCAUCUAUUUAUAGCAUAAAUAUCCAUUUAUUAAUUUUGUGGUAUCAUUCGCGUAUCUUUACAUUGUUCCAAUAAUUUUUAGUACAUAACCACACUUAAUCUACAAUGCGUUAUGUCAAGUUUUUGAUCUGAGGUUGAAUAUUUAAAUUGAUCUUCCUCAUUCCGUUUUUGAGUCUUUAAUCCUAAAUUCGAUAUAUAUAUAUAUAUGCGAUAUAUGGAAAGGAAAUAAUAAUAUAUGGACAAUUUCUUGAUUACAUCUAUUUAUUGCACAUCUUUUGUUGCACAUAAGACUUGUCAUCGCCCUGCACAUAUAUAACAUAUAUAUUAGUUUUAUUUAAAGUUAUUUAAUUUACAAUAAUUUUACAUAUAUUUACUUUCUCUCUAAACUAUGUUGUUUAUUAACGUUUUUUUGACAUAUGUUUGUAUUUAAGCUACUUUCCAGGAUCACAAUAAUAUAUUUUCGUAAAAGAUAUCUGUAUUGCAUAAUAUCCACUGUUAUAAUCAGGAUCUGAUGUAUUUGGCUUGUAAGGAGUGUAUGCUUUUAGCUAGAAUAAUUGUGAAUAACUUUAUUACAUAAGAGAAAGAAUUGUACAAAAAUAAAUCUUGCUAAUUGAGAGA